UAUCAUCCAUCUUGAGGUUUUGAGGUUUUAAGCCUGGUGGGCAAAAGUCUAUCAUCUCUAUCAAUUUCAAUGGCGUUGCUACAGUUUAUGUGCUCCGUAACGCCACUGGCACGUGCAGCAAGGUCACGUGCCAUCAUCGUUUCCUCUUCCCGCACCGCCGUCACUGUCCCCACCGUCACUAAACCAAAGAUUUCUCCACCGGAUUCGAACGUGCUUCUGGGUAUGUCGGAGGAACAACUUCAACAGCUGGCUCUUGAUUUCGGCCAGCAAAGUUAUAGAGGCAAACAGUUGCAUCAUUUGUUGUACAAGAGAAGAGUUAAAGAUGUUCAGGAAUUUAAUCAGGUGCCUCUGGCAUUCAGAACCGAACUCCAAGAAGCCGGUUGGGUGGUUGGACGAUCAUCUGUGCAUAGUUCUGCUACUUCAACUGACGGCACUAUCAAGUUGCUGAUGAAACUGGAAGAUAAUCGACUGGUGGAAACUGUUGGCAUACCGGUAACAGAUGAUAAAGGCUCGGUUCGCCUCACAGCUUGUGUUUCGUCACAGGUCGGCUGCCCGUUACGUUGCUCGUUUUGUGCUACUGGAAAAGGAGGUUUCGCUAGAAACCUUAAAGCGCACGAGAUUGUGGAGCAGGUGUUGGCGAUAGAGGAGGUAUUUAACAAUCGGGUUACGAAUGUGGUAUUCAUGGGAAUGGGUGAACCGAUGUUGAAUCUCAAAGAGGUUCUUGCUGCUCACCGAUGCUUGAACAAGGAUGUACAAAUAGGACAAAGGAUGAUGACCAUUUCUACUGUCGGAGUCCCGAACACUAUCAAGAAGCUAGCUUCUCACAAACUUCAGUCUACGUUGGCUCUUAGCCUUCAUGCUCCUAAUCAGAAACUGCGGGAAAAGAUUGUGCCGAGUGCGAAAGCGUACCCUCUGGAGGCGAUAAUGAAGGACUGUAGGGACUAUUUCCAUGAAACUAGCAGACGGGUAUCCUUCGAGUACACGCUAUUAGCUGGAGUCAAUGAUGACGUGGAGCAUGCAAAAGAACUUGCAGAGUUACUUCAUCAAUGGGGACCUGGAUAUCAUGUGAACCUCAUCCCGUUUAAUCCGAUAGAUGGCACUGAGUAUAAGCGUCCUUACAGAAAAGCGAUCAAUAUGUUUCAAUCUAUGUUAGAAUCCCGUAAAAUAACGGUUAGUGUACGCCAAACACGAGGGCUAGAUGCAAGUGCGGCUUGUGGGCAGCUAAGAAACGAAUUCCAGAAAGUUCCAUUAGCCGCACCCUCCAACGAUGACAUCCAACCUGAACCGGAACUUGAACCAGAACCAGAGGCUGCAGUUGCUUGCUGAUAAGUUAGAACAGUUUCAGGCAGUUAUUGACUCGCUCCACUCAGAUUUUUCAUAAUGUAUACCCACAUAUACUUUCAUGGCUCGUGUAACCGAUCAAAGGGUCUAAACCGGUUUCGGUAGGUGGGUUAACCAGGGUCUGCCUGCUUGAACAAGAAAUGCAGGGUGAAUGGGAGUUAAGCACGAAUCUGGUAUGGUGAUUAGUGAUUAAUAUGCAAAUAGGAAGUACUCGAGUCGUAUUAGGGUGUCGUUUGUUUUUUAAUAGUUUACUUGUUUUGUUGCUAAUUUGUAUGCUCUUUUGUCAUUGUACUUCAGUUUUGUUUUAUUAUAUAAAAUGUCCAAACAUAAAUUAUCUAUCUAUGAAAUAUGAUAAAUUUGUUUGUUGUUUA